AUGUCUGACCUCCAGGAAUCGUUGGAAAAGUUGUCCAUCAACGAAAAGGCCCCUCAGGCUCCUGCCGAUGACGCGACACCUUCCAACACCACCACCUUGGAAAAGGAGUCUUCUGAGUCCGCAGCUGCCGCUGCUGGAGAGGGAGCUGGAGAAGAAGGAGAAGAGGCUUCGGCUUCGCUCUACGUGGGAGAACUUAACCCAUCGGUGAACGAGGCUCUUCUUUUCGAGAUCUUCUCGCCUAUCGGUCAGGUGUCGUCGAUCCGUGUUUGUCGUGAUGCUGUUACCAAGAAGUCGUUGGGUUAUGCCUAUGUGAACUUCCACAAGCACGCCGACGGAUCCCGUGCCAUCGAAGAGUUGAACUACUCUUUGGUGGAUGGACGUCCAUGCCGUAUUAUGUGGUCGCAAAGAGACCCUUCGCUCCGUAGAAAUGGCGAUGGCAACAUUUUUAUCAAAAACUUGCACCCUGCUAUUGACAACAAGGCGUUGCACGACACCUUCUCUGCUUUCGGCAGAAUUCUUUCUUGUAAGGUUGCUACCGAUGAAUUGGGACAGAGCAAGUGUUUUGGAUUUGUACACUAUGAGACUGCCGAAGCUGCCGAAGCUGCUAUUGAAAACGUUAACGGUAUGUUGUUGAACGACCGUGAGGUGUUUGUUGGUAAGCACGUUUCUAAGCGUGACAGAGAAUCAAAGUUCGAAGAGAUGAAGGCCAACUUUACCAACGUCUACGUCAAGAACUUGGCUCCUGAAGUCGACAACGCCAAAUUCGAAGAGAUUUUCAAGCCUUUCGGCCCUGUCACCUCGGUGCACUUGGAAACUGACCAGGAGGGUAAGUCUCGUGGAUUUGGUUUCGUCAACUUUGAGAACCACGAAUCUGCUCUCAAUGCGGUCAAAGAAAUGAACGACAAGGAAAUUGAUGGCCAAAAGCUUUACGUUGGAAGAGCCCAAAAGAAGCGUGAAAGAUUGGACGAAUUGAAGAGAUUAUACGAAAGUACUCGUUUGGAGAAGUUGCUGAAGUACCAAGGUGUUAACUUGUUUGUCAAGAACUUGGACGACAGCAUUGAUUCCGAGAAAUUGGAAGAGGAAUUCAAGCCUUUCGGUACCAUCACAUCUGCCCGUGUCAUGGUUGAUGACGCUGGUAAGUCCAAGGGUUUUGGUUUCGUGUGUUUCUCUUCUCCUGAAGAAGCUACUAAGGCCAUCACCGAGAUGAACCAACGUAUGAUCCAAGGAAAGCCAUUGUACGUUGCCUUGGCUCAACGUAAGGACGUUAGACGUUCGCAAUUGGAACAACAGAUCCAAGCUCGUAACCAAAUGAGAAUGCAGAAUGCUGCUGCUGCUGCUGGAAUGCCAGGCCAAUUCAUGCUGCCUAUGUUCUACGGUCAACAACCAGGUUUCUUCCCACCCAAUGGACGUGGUGGAGCUCAAGGACCUUUCCCACCUAACCCACAAAUGAUGAUGCCUCGUGGCGGACAAAUGCCUCCUCCUCAAGGUCAAUGGCCUCGUGCUGGUCCUAACGGACAACCAGUUCCCGUUUACGGAAUGCCACCAGUUUAUGGCGGAGAGUUUAACGGACCCAAUGGUCAAAGGCAACAACGUGGAGCAUACCCACCUAACCGUAACCAAAAGGGUGGCCGUCCUCAAAGAGAUUUGGCUGCUAUCAUUUCCACAGUUCCAGUUGACCAACAGAAGAGAAUCUUGGGAGAGGAAUUAUACCCCAAGAUUGUCGCUACUGGUAAGGCACAAGAGCCCGAGGCUGCUGGUAAGAUCACUGGUAUGAUGUUAGACUUGGAGAACGAGGAGAUUUUGGCUUUAUUGGAAGACGACGAAUUGUUCGAGAACCACUUUGAAGAUGCUUUGACUGCUUUUGAAGAGUACAAGAAGGGUGAACAAGCUGAGUAG